UUAAUUUUUUCCGGUAAAUAGCUUGUAAACUUAAAUAAGUAUAAAAUUAUCCGUAAUCAAUGCCAUACAUUUUGAUCAGAGGAAAUCUCGCAUCAUAUGGGCACAAAAACCCUUGGCGUGUUUUAGUAUCCGGCUUGAAAGCUGGUGAAAUAGAGCAAUUGAAAAGAUUCACAUGUGGCGGAUAUUGCGACGAUUCCACAAUUGUCUACUUACAACAUCCUUGUGUUAUUCUAAGUGCGUUAGAGGUAUUGGGUUACAAAGUGGUCGCAUCAAGCUCAACAGCCGUCAAACAGGAUUAUAAUGAGUACAUGUGGACUAUGAGAAAAGAGUUCUCUGAGCCAGAACCUUCAAUAAUAGUUGAGCAAGAUAACAUUACUAAUUUCAGUAAGGAAGCUAUGCACUUAAGCAAUUACCAUUCUAAUAAAGACGACGAAGUUUAAAGCAUACAUUCCUGACUUUAUAUAUCCCUCUAAUACUAAAUUAUUGUUGAUAAUAUGGAUUCCAAAGGUGGUCAAAACAUUUCAGCAAGCAACUUAGCAUCUUCACCUCUUAUAGAGGAAAAUGGUGUUGUGUAUAUUGCUAUCAAGGGCUCCUUACAUGCAAAUGAUUGUUCUGUAUUUGGUUUAGGACAAGAAGAGAUAAAAGCCUUGACAAAAAAAUAUCCAGGUUCAGGUGUUGUAGUUAACGGGAUUGCUAUUAAAACAAAUGUGUUAGAUGCUUUGAAUUCUUUAAGUCAAUUGGGAUAUAAAAUUAUCUCGAGCACCGGUGAGACGGAGAUAACUUGGACCAUGCAACGUGAAAUAUAAAGUAUUUAUAAAUGUUUAAUGUUUUAAUUUUAAGUAA